UUCCUUCCCCUAAAAAACAAAAAGAAUUUAGGAUUUUUUCAAAAAAGUAAAAAAGAAACAAAAAAGCUAAAAAAAGAGAGAGAGUUUGGAAUGGCUCCACCGGAGGCCGAGAUGGGUGCAGUGGCGGUGACGGCUCCUCCGACGCCAGGAACGCCGGGAGGACCAUUGAUCACGGGGACGAGAGUGGAUUCGAUGUCGUUCGAUCAUCGGAAACCGAUGCCUCCAUGCAAAUGCUUGCCGGUGAUGGGACACACUUGGGGUCAACCCGACACGUGCUUCGCCGAUUUUCCCUCCCCUGUUGUCUCCCUUACUCGCAAGCUUGGAGCCGAGUUUGUGGGAACAUUUAUCUUGAUAUUCACCGCGACGGCCGGUCCAAUCGUGAACCAGAAAUACGACGGAGCUGAAACCCUAAUUGGUAACGCGGCCUGCGCAGGACUCGCAGUGAUGAUCAUAAUUCUGUCAACCGGUCACAUCUCAGGGGCUCACUUAAACCCUUCACUGACCAUAGCAUUCGCAGCUCUAAGGCACUUCCCUUGGGCCCACGUGCCUGCUUACAUAGCUGCCCAAGUCUCAGCUUCCAUUUGCGCUUCAUUCGCACUCAAAGCAGUUUUCCAUCCUUUCAUGUCGGGAGGUGUUACUGUUCCGUCUGUUAGUGUUGGACAAGCCUUUGCUCUCGAGUUCAUCAUUACUUUUAUUCUCCUCUUUGUUGUUACCGCCGUUGCCACCGACACUCGUGCAGUUGGAGAACUAGCUGGUAUAGCUGUUGGAGCCACUGUCAUGCUCAACAUUCUUGUCGCAGGGCCAUCGAGUGGUGGAUCUAUGAACCCGGUUAGGACUCUAGGACCAGCCCUUGCAUCUGGAAACUACAGGUCACUUUGGGUUUAUCUGGUGGCUCCUACACUUGGUGCCAUAUCUGGUGCAGCCGUCUACACAGGUGUCAAGCUUAACGAUAGCGCGACUGACCCGCCACGUCAGGUUAGGAGCUUCCGUCGCUAAGUUGAGUGAUAGACUUGUCCACAAGUCUUUUGCUUGUUACCGUUACUGUAUAAUUUAUAAUAAUGUAAUGAUAUGAAAAGCUUUGGAAGAUUGUGUGAGAAUAAAAGGAGAUGUGACUACAAGUCCACGCUCUAUGUGUGCAUAGCAUCGGCUUAUAAAUCUGAUGCAAACUCGUCUUGUCAUUUUCAAAUUGUGUCUUUUGUGAUAAUGUACACUAUGUUUGGUUUGUGUUUCA